AUGCGGGCGGCACUUCUCUACUGUGCGGUGGUGGCGGCUUUGGCGCUUACGGUUGUGGCUGCGGCUCCGUCCAGGCCGUCGUUCCCGUCGGCCUACCGGGCCACCUUCUCCAACCUCCUGGUGUUCACGUCGGACUUCAACCUCACCACCACCAACGGCCUCCUCGCCGUGAGCCAGGCGCUCCAGGCCUACAAGCAGUCGGGCAUCAUCUACGGCGUCAGCGCUACCACCCUCAAUCUCUACCAGCAGCACAUCUCCUACGUGUGGACCGCGCGCUCGUGCUCCAAGAAGCCCCUGAGCAACACCUACCAGGGGGCCGACCCGCUACAGAUGAUUCGUUACACAUCUUUCGCGGGGGCGGUGCGGGUGAACAACGUACAAACGCAGGUGUGGCUCUUCGAGAACGCCAACAGGGACGUGCGCGUCGCCAUCUACGUCACCGACAACGCGCGACAGACGCCGGUGCGCCUCUUCCUCGAGACCUACGGCGUGGGCGUCCAGAUCGACUACUCGAGCUUCACCGCCGGCGCGUCGUCGAGCGACUUCCAGACGCCCAAGGCGUGCAGCACCACGGCCCGCCAGCCGCACGAGCAGCAGGAGGAGGGACGCGUCCACGCGGUGGCGGCGUCGGUGGCGGCCAAGCGCUCGUCUCUGCCCGAGAGCCUCGAGGCGGAACCCCACGCCAGCGGCCUCGCCGCGGUCCACGCCGCCCUCGCCAGCAUGCAGUUGCCCUAA